CGUGAGCCGUACUCGUUUUGCCCUCGUUUUCGGUACUCCUCCGUUGGGGUACUGAAAAUGAGACGAGAUGCCUGAAAGGGUACUGGAAAAUUCGAGCUACACACCCCCUCCGUUGAUUGGUCAACAGAAUCGUCACUUUCGGGCGACGUGGGGAUAAAAACAAACAAUCAGUAUCCAAAAGGUAUUAUUCUUUACGAUGAACAUGUCGAGUACAACGCUUGCUUGGGCGAACAAGGAGGUGGAGACAUUCCUCUUCUUGGGGAGGAAGACGUGCAGAGGGAGCUUGAUGGAGCAGUGAGGAACGAGAAGGUCUCCAGCUAGUUUCUGGUCGAAUGGCGAUUGCAGGUUACAAGAAGAACACAGAGCAGUGUCGGCAGAAAUGCAAAAAGCUCCGGGCCGAGUAUCGGAAGGUGAAAGACCACGACAACCGCAGUGGUGUCGACGGGAAGAUGUGGAAGUGGUUUAACAUCAUGGACGCAAUCUACGGACACAGACCGGCGAGUAGAGGAAGAGAGGGGGCCAUCGACAUGGCCACCUCUCUGCUCGAGUCCAUGUUGGAGCCUACCGGUGAGGAACCUCGCUACCAGGAAGUGCCUGACUCGGCCUUCCCAGAGGACGAAGACAUGGGGUCAAGACGUUGUAUGAGCCCAACACUAGCACCAAGAACAUCUACACCAGUCCCAGUGGAGAGUGCUGCUCUUUGCAACACCACCAACCCCACCUAUCCACGGUCUUUUGCUUUUGCCAAAAGAAGUAGGGCCACUGAUGUUACAGCGAGCAUCCGGGAUAUGCAGGCAUCUGAUGAGAGGCGGCAUGAGCGGGAAGAGGAGCGGCAGGAGCGGGAAGAGGAGCGGCAGGAGCGGGAAGAGGAGCGGCAGGAGCGGGAAGAGGUGCGGCAGGAGCGGGAAGAGGAGCGGCUGGACUGUAGACACCGGGUCGCUCGAGAGGAGGCCCUACAGGAUGCCAUCGAUGCUAGACUGCAUGAGGAUCAACGAGCAAUGCAGCAGAUGGUGCAAGUUGCAGCGUUCAACACAGCCUUCCUCCAAACCUUCAGCCAGAGGGUGCAGGCGUUUGGACACCGUGACCCUGUGCCGUGA